AUGAAUGCUGGUCCAAGCUCAAACACGUUCAAUGAUACCCCGCACUGGGAAGAUGCCUGUGACGGUGACAUGCAGGCGAUUUGCGUGGACCCACUUUUGACCUUGAUGAAGAGUGAGAGUCACGGUGCUUAUACGCUCGGGGACGCAUUCGACCAGCUUCCCGGGUUUGAUCCCACUGAUCAAUCUAGCAUUCCACAGAACAUCGAGCAGUCUCAAUUUGAGUUUCCUUCAAAUUUGUUCCCGUUGGAUGUUGACGAAGAUCAGUGGGUCGAUGCUGAGUGGUCAAACUUGACCUCGAUGCUUGGUCGCUCUCAUGUUGAUUCUCUGGAGACCACCGCUCUCUCGUACUCAUCAACUGGCAUUGAUGAUAUCAGUCCGUACUUGGAGCUAUCUACAAUCGCAUAUCCUGCGAUUUCCACUAGUAAUGAGGCCGCAAGCCGCACUGGAUCUUAUGAAGGUUCGGCGCAUACAACGAAACUUUCGCGAGACAAUAUCAAAAUGCUCAGAGAUUGGAAAACCAUGCAUGGAGAAACCUCCAAACCGUCUGGAAAGGAAAUGCAGCGUCUUCAGCAUAUGACUAAACUAUCAGCGGGGCAGAUCAAUAAAUGGUUUGCGCAUUCCAAGCGGCGCAGUAUCGGCGUUGGGGCUCUUCGUCGAGGGACAGCCAGCACACCUUUACAAGAUCAGCCGAAUGCCAUUCCUAGAAACGUCCCAGAACGACCAUCAACUCCUGCAGUACAGAGCAUAUUCACACCCAAUUCACCUGUUGACAACAUGUGUCCAAUGGAAAGGUGGAAAAACUCGCCGCCAGAACAUGAAGCCGCGCUUGUCAGUGACAUUGCAAAGGCAUUGUCCCACUCGGAUCUCCCUUAUUAUCGCGUCGACUCUCAGACUAGCACGCGAUCUCCUUCUCGCGGAGACUCUGUCUCGACUCAAUCCUCCUUCAACGGUGUUUUCCCCGAGCCGUCGAUAUCAUCCGUCGACUCGGAUUUCCAGGGAUCGACAGCCUGGUCUGAUCACUCUGGACAAUCCACACAAUCAGGAACAUCGUCGACCGGAUACCGACGGCGAUCUCGAAAGCGACGGACCAACUAUUCGUCGCGCGCGGUCAAUAUCUUCCGAGCCGACGUGCCCAAGACCUUCCAAUGCACCUUUUGUACCGACACCUUCAAGACCAAGUACGAUUGGUCCAGACAUGAAAAGUCACUUCAUCUCGCACUCGAGUCGUGGACAUGCUCCCCCUUUGGCAGCAUCACGUACGACGAAGACGGAUCUGCGCCAAAAUGCGCGUACUGCAACGCGCCAUCCCCUACGGCUGAGCACCUUCAGACACAUCGGCACCUGGCCUGUGAAGAUCGGCCGGUGCCAGAACGAACAUAUUACCGCAAGGAUCAUCUCAGACAGCACCUCAAACUAGUCCACGGUUGUAAAUUUGUCGCCAGCAUGGAGAAAUGGAAAAGUACGCCGGAAUACGUCCGCUCGCGAUGUGGAUUCUGCGAUGAGGUUCUUACCACAUUAAAAGCCCGCAUAGAUCACCUGGCUGGUCAUUUUCGUGCGGGGGCGUCCAUGUCGGACUGGUCGGGUGGCUGGGGGUUUGAGCCUCAUAUCUCGCAUCUCAUCGAGAACAGCAUCCCGCCGUAUCUCAUUCACCAUGAGCGGAACACUGUGAUUCCGUUUAGUGGAUCCAAAACGCUUUUGGACCACGCUCAGACAAAGGAGGGAAAGCUGGAGCUGUAUUCUCAUCAAAUGACAUAUCCGGCUGCGGGAGACAUUUCGUUGCGCCAGUGCUUCGAGAUGGAGAUCUGUAGCUACAUAAAUGCAACUCUGGCUGAAGAAGGCAGGAUCCCGACGGAUUUGGAAAUUCAAUGUCACGGUCGACGAAUCGUGUUUGGCGAGAACGAUCCGUUGGACUUUACAAUGGCUGAUAAUGCUGUGUGGUUGAAGGAGUUUAGGGAAAGAUACGGGUAUGAUAAUGCAUGUAACGGUGGGAUGUCGUCUCUAGUGCAGUCGACGUAA